GUAUACGUUUUGUGAAGGGACGUGUAGGCGAAUACUUAUUACCUGUAUGGCAAAGUUUAGGUACAGUAUGUAGUACUCAGUUGGAUUAACUAUUUAAUCACCCUAGCAAAGUUAGCAGCGGCCCUGUUUUUUAAGGCAAACUUCUGACACUGUAUGACGUGUUAGACUUUAGAGAUUGCAUAAAUAACGCUUUCGUAGGGAACAGCAUGAAGAAAGUCCUGGCUUGAAGGUGGGAACAUAGGGGCCCGGGGCAGGAUUCCUAGGUGCACUCGUGCAGCCCGAUUCUAUGAAUGUUUUAUUCAUCCAAACUAUGUCCAACUGAGUUCAGUGCAAUUUUACCCCAGAACGAGCAACUGACAGGUUGCUGCAAACUGGGGGACCGAGCUGCAGAUGGCGCUCGACAAUCAAAGCCCAACACGGGAAAGAAGAUGGAAAACGUUCGAUUUGAUCCUUCUCGGCGUCCGUUAAACUCUCCCUGCUCGCCGUAGCGGACCCGGAAGCGCCCGUGGGGUAAAUUUGGAAGAUGUGGGCGCUACGGCCGCCGCCGGCGAUGCUCAAGUCCUCUCAGCGUGCCUGGUGUUGGGCGCGCAGGACGGUGUCUGUGGGGCCUGAAAGGGCCCAGAAGACCAGCCCGAACUCUAAAUACCGCGAAACCGUGUUGCUGCCCCGAACCGAUUUCCCUGUCCAGUUGCCGGGCCGAUUGCAGCCCGAAACUGAGUUGGAGAUUCAGCAGAAAUGUGGCUUUUCAGAACUAUAUUCAUGGCAAAGACAAAGGAAAACAAAGCAAGAAUUUUGUCUUCAUGAUGGACCACCAUAUGCCAAUGGAGACCCACAUGUUGGUCAUGCAUUGAAUAAAAUUUUGAAAGACAUCACAAAUCGGUUUCAUGUGAUGAGAGGCUCUAAGGUACACUAUGUACCUGGCUGGGAUUGCCAUGGAUUACCUAUUGAACUGAGAGCAUUGUCAGAACUUGAGAAAAGUGAACAUCUUUCUCCAAUGGAAAUCAGACAGAAAGCCAAAGAAUUUGCAAAAAAGGUUAUUGAAAAACAGAAAGAGGCCUUUAUCCGCUGGGGCAUAAUGGCAGAUUGGGAUAACUGCUACUACACAUUUGACAAGAAGUAUGAAGCAAAACAACUGAGUAUCUUUCACCAAAUGCAUGAUAAGGGUUAUAUUUAUCAGGACUAUAAACCGGUGUUUUGGUCCCCUUCAACAUAUACAGCCUUGGCUGAAGCUGAACUUGAAUACAAUCAGCAGCAUGUUAGUCGCUCUGUUUACAUCAAGUUUCCUUUGUUGAAACCGCCUCCCAAACUGGCUUCUGUGAUAGAUGGAUUACCUGCUGUGAAUUUGAUAAUCUGGACCACACAACCCUGGACUAUUCCAUCCAAUGAAGCUGUCUGUUAUAUGCCAUAUCCAGAGUAUUCCAUUGUGAAGUGUACGAACACAGGGGAACACUAUAUUAUAGUUGCGGAAAGAGUUCAGUCAAUAGCUGCCGUUUUGGAUACACAGUUUGAAGUGAUUUCUACAUUUAAAGGUACCGACUUGGAAAGUGGUGUGUGCUCACACCCCACAAUUCCUGAAAAGCAGUCUCCCCUUUUGCCAGCAAACCACGUGUCCAUGUCCAAAGGCACAGGAUUAGUUCACACCGCCCCAGCUCAUGGUAUGGAAGAUUACAGUGUAGCUUCUCAUCACCAACUGCCCAUGGACUGCCUGGUGGAUGAAGAUGGAUGUUUCACAGAGGCUGCAGGUUCUGAGCUUCAAAAUAAAGCAGUUCUUGAAGAAGGAAAUGAAGCUGUCAUCCAGAUGCUUCAAGGAGCAAAGAGUUUAUUAAAAGAGGAGAAAUACAUACACAGCUACCCCUAUGACUGGAGGACUAAAAAACCAGUGAUCAUUCGUGCCAGCAAGCAAUGGUUCAUUAAUACAGCAAAUCUCAAGGCUUCUGCCCAGGAGGCAUUAAAGAAAGUAAAAUUUGUGCCAGCCUCAGGGAUGAACCAAAUGCUAGACAUGCUGGACAAAAGACCAUACUGGUGUAUAUCAAGGCAGAGGCAUUGGGGUGUUCCCAUUCCAGUUUUUUACCAUAAGACAACAGGAGAACCCUUAAUAAAUAGAAAAAGCAUUGAGAAUGUGAUGAAGAUAGUGGAGCAGCAUGGCAGUGAUGCCUGGUGGACUCUUCCUAUCGAGCAGCUUCUCCCCAGUGAUGUUUUAGCACAGGCUGGUAACCAUGAUGUCCAGGAUUACGUACAAGGACAGGAUGUCCUCGAUAUCUGGUUUGAUAGUGGAACAUCCUGGGCUCAUGUUUUGAAAGAUGCAGGUGAAAGGGCUGAUCUGUACUUGGAAGGGAAAGACCAGUUGGGAGGCUGGUUUCAGUCUUCUCUCUUGACAAGUGUGGCAACACGAAAAAAGGCACCGUAUAAGGCUCUUGCGGUUCAUGGAUUCACUGUUGGUGAAAAAGGAGAAAAGAUGUCUAAAUCAAUUGGCAACGUUGUUGAUCCAGAUGUAGUCAUCAAUGGAGGCAAUGACCACAGCACAGACCCUCCAUAUGGGGCCAAUGUUCUGCGCUGGUGGGCAGCAGAGUCUAAUGUCUUUACGGAAGUACUGAUUGGGCCAACUGUACUCAAUUCUGCGCGAGAUGAUAUCAACAAGCUUCGGAAUACACUCCGUUUUUUGCUGGGCAAUCUGGCUGGCUUCAACCCAGAGACAGACUCAAUUCCCACAUCAGAGAUGUAUGUAAUAGACCAAUAUAUGCUCCACCUGCUGCAGGGCUACGCAAACAAGGUUACAACAGCAUAUAAGGAAUAUGACUAUGGCAAAGUCGUCCGAUUAUUGCAAGCCCUCCAAACUAGAGAGCUGUCUGGUUUUUACUUUAGUAUAAUCAAGGAUAGGCUUUAUUGUGAAGAAGAAAAAGAUCCUAAACGCCGCUCGUGUCAAACAGCAUUGGCAGAGGUUUUGGACACAGUGGUUCGUUCAUUCGCACCAAUACUUCCACAUCUGGCUGAAGAGGUGUUCCAGUACCUUCCCUAUCGGAAAGAGUCAAAUAGUGUGUUUCGUUCUGGGUGGUUGAACACAAGCCCUGUGUGGAAGAAGCCAGGCCUUGAGGAAGCAGUGGAGGGAGCAUGUGCAAUGCGAGAAACUUUCCUUGGUUCUAUCCCAGGCAAAAAUGCUUUGGAAUAUCAGGUGGUCCUUGUAAUUGAGCCUGGACUGCUCUUUGAACUGAUGGAGGUCUUGCAACACGAAGAGUCUUCUAAUACGUCCCAGUUAAAUGAAAUAAUGAUGGCAUCACAAACAACACUGCUGACUGAAGUACCUAGAGAUAUGACCACAGAUGACAUGAUUAAAGGGACAUUUCUGAUAAACUUAGAAGGUGGCGAUAUCCGGGAAGAGUCUUCCUAUAAAGUCAUAGUUCUACCAGCUGCCAAAUCAAAAUGCCUGCGCUGUCGGAGGUACACAGCUGAGUCAGCGGACACACCAUGUGCACGUUGCAUGGGACUGCUUGGUGGGAAAUAACAGACUCUGCUCUCUCUCAAAAGUAGCUUGACCCAUUGCUGACUACUUUUUUCUCAAAAAUCCAAAGGAAUGUAGACAUGGGUAGAGUGAGAAACCGUGCACUAUUUCUUUGAGUAUAAGGAUUGGAAUGCUAACUUGAAACUGAACAAGUGUAUAUACUUAAGCUUGUACAUUAAAUAAAAUGGUUGUGAGACAUGUCAAAUGGUCUUAGAUAUUCUAUACAAGCUUAGAUAUCUAUAUAAGCUUCUCUUAAUUGGAUUUAUAAUCUGGUCUCAGGAAUGUUUGACAGAUGAGUCGAAGUGUAUAAAUGAGCUGGUUUUUUUGAGAGAUCUUAUACCUAGCAUAUGCAAGUAGAAACUAGCUUUACUUUGGACUUCAGCAAUGGUUAGGUGCUGGUCAUGGGAUUUCAUGCUAACCAGCUUUAACCCACAGUUAGUAUUUACCAUAGCAAAAGAACAUAAAGUGGUGAGGAAAAUGUGUAUAAUCCCUAACCUGGGCUUCCUUUUUCAGUUAUAAUUAAGUUAUCUGUUAUCUGGUCAGUCCUUAGUUCUAUUGAGCUACUGCCUACAAAUGUAUCAAAACUAUACUCCCAACUGAAUGUAAACUUUAUACUUUCCGGGUCAAUUUCUGCCUAUUGCUCUAGUAAAAAGCCAUCCAAGAUAUAUUGGUCCUAAUUCCGCUAGCUGUAACAAUUUUGAUCGCUCCCAAUAUUAAAGAGACAGAUCAUUUACAUGUCCUAUCAA